GACACGUUCUUGUUAGUCGACUACUCGUUCGGUCAGUGCGUAGGGGUACGUACGUACGCGUACGUGAUGAGUCAUAGAUAGCACUUCGGAAAGGGCUUUGUGUGGUGGAUACGAGACGUACGUGAUUGCGGGCUGAGGAUGAGUAUAGUGACACGCGUUCUAUUCACACGGAUUUCAUAAUUGACUGCUACCAUUGUCGCGGUAGUGCUUUGUACUCUCGGCGUGUCAUGAUGACGACGAACAGAACUCUGCCUUCCAUCGACUUGGAUGCGCUGUUAGAGACGGUCAUAGACGGGAGGACGGAGGAGGAGGAGGAGGAGGAGGAAGAAUACAGUUACAGGCUAUGGUCAAGCGACAGCGAGGGACUGGUAGAUGACCCGCAAGAAGUAGCCAGUUACGAAGUCACAGGUCUAUCGAGAGAGGAGCUGAUUCACCGCUCUCCCCACAUCGAGUACUGGGCGCCGAGCGUGGGUCGUCACCACACUCUCUCGCCAAUAUACGAAUCAAGAGACGUCAGCAGCAGGUAUGGAAGGUCCGUCUGCAUCAUUGCACAGCCGAGAGAGACACUAGACGACGAGGAAGGAGGCAGGAGGGAACCCCUAAUCAAGGACGGAGUAGGAGGAGGCCGGGGGGAGGCACUUUCUGCUGAGGGAAGAGGAGGAGGCAAGAGUGAGUCAUUAAUCAAGGAGGGAGGAGGAGGAGGAGGAGGCACGAGAGGCCAUCUCCCGCCGAGUUACACGGAAACACAGAGGAAUAUACUGACAGGUCGAACAAAGCGAUGCUGUGGGGUCAACUGUGGCGCGUGUGAGCACCGCGCAGAGACCGACAACACACACGCUAACACCCAACACACGACCAAGCCACCCGACCGCUCUCCCUUCACUCCACGUGGGGGCGACACAGACACGUACCCUGCAGUACCCGGCGAGAGAACGUCUAAGGACGUUGUCGCCUUGCGAGAAGAGAUGGCCACCAAAGCCGAGAUCGGCCCCCACGACUACCUCAGCGACGGUCGAUGGACGGCUAGUAAGGAUGCCCUCGGUGUAAGCGGAUACCCGAGCAAAUACCCCGUGCCUAGACAAGCGAUCAGUCGCAUCGACCAAGAGGCGCCACCCAUUAGCGGUAGGAAUAGCAACAAUCUGCCUUCCCCUCGCCGCGCCUCCGUCCCCGACGACACCGCUGUUUCGUCGCCGAGGGAAGUGAAAUCGUCACCAGCAGGACGAGCGGACGGCGGCGCCCCCUGUCAGCGAAUGAAGGAAGGCGAGCCGGUGGAGGAUUUCGAAUUCGUCGACGCGCCGCGUUUGUACACGCCGCCACCGGAAUACACGUCGGCCGGCGGAGUCACAGAGGUCGCUGCCGCUGUUAGCCCAUGCGACGACGAGGCGGGGAUGAGACGUGCCGUCGCCGCGAAAGCCGCCGCAUCGCCAGCUCGAGCCGAGGUCAGGUCGCUCGUCGUGCGCGACAGAGCGAGCGACGACCCCGAUCCCACCGACAGAACCUCGAGUAAGACUAAGGCUGAGGCUAACCGAGCUGCGGCGCCGAAGACUAGCUCGUCGGCUAAAACAAACGGCGUCCGCGACGAUGUCGAGAUCAUCAUCGACUUUGUUCCGGCAGACGGCGACAACGCACCGCCGGAUAAAGGCUACAGGUUUCAGCGAGCGAAAGAACUCACGCGCGUUCUCAGCUCUCCCGCUUCCUCCGGAGCCGUGGUGACGAAGGCGUUGGCAAAGACGCUGCCAGGGGACAUCCCGCACUGCGCGGGUAAGGUGAGGACGCUCGCGAGUCAGUACGAGGACGAGGAUAAGAGAAGCAAGGAGGUUUCCGCGACGCAGCCUGAGACGGCGGCGACGGCGCGAGAUGUCGUGGUACAGACUCGAGACACGGCGUCGGCAGCGACGCGAGACAACGUGGCAGCGACGCGAGACGCUAUGGUAACGCGAGACAGUGAGGCAGCUACGCGAUACAGCGCAGCAGUGACGCGAGAUGCCAUGAUGAUUCGAAACACCCCAGCAGCGACGCAUGACAGCACCGCAGCGACGCGACACAGCGAGGCAGCGUCUGGUGUGGCAACACCACUGGACGUCAUACCCGUGAAAGCCGGCGGGGAGAUAGCCGACAGACUGUUCCAGGAGAUGAGGGCAUAUGAGAAGGUGAGAGCCGCGCGAGAGCACGCGGACCCGCCGAGGAGGGACCCCGCCGUCACCCAGGAGGUGCCUCUCAGCGAGAAGGCGAUCAGUCGGAUGACAGCAAACGAGAAGAUGCGGGCGGUGCAGGCGAUCAUCACGUCGCGCGAGGCCACGCCCGAGCCGCGCGGCGACGACCCCGACCCUACCCCGCCCCACCCGUCACGGUCCCCGGAGCGCGUGGUGCAGAGCGAGAGAGACUACGAGGAACUGGAGGUGACGUCGUCGUACGUCGGCGACGAGGUGGCGGGGGAGACACGCGACGGAUCGUAUACCGGGGAACCCUUCCGCUCCUCCCCCGCGGAACUAUGUGGCGGUUAG